AUGUCGAGCACCCGAGCGGCGACGGCAGCAGCAGCGUCCAACGACCGCGCCCCCCACCCGGCGAUGGGAGGUGGCGGUCUGAAGCGGCUACGGAGCGAGCCGGGAGGCAACCGGGUGACGGUGGUGCUGGGCGCGCAAUGGGGGGACGAAGGCAAAGGCAAAGUGGUGGAUCUCCUGGCCACCGAGGCCGACAUCGUCUGCAGGUGCCAGGGUGGAAAUAAUGCAGGCCAUACUGUGGUUGUUGAUGGGAAGGAAUAUGAUUUUCACCUCUUUCCUAGUGGUAUAAUUAAUCCCAAGGCAAUUUCUCUUAUUGGUAAUGGGGUAGUUAUACAUUUACCAGGCUUAUUUGAAGAAGCUGAAAAAAAUGAGAAAAAAGGUUUAAGAGAUUGGGAGAAAAGACUGAUCAUAUCAGACAGAGCACACAUUGUGUUUGAUUUUCACCAGGCAGUUGAUGGACUUCAAGAAGUGCAGCGGCAAGCGCAAGAGGGGAAAAACAUUGGCACAACAAAGAAAGGAAUUGGACCGACCUAUUCUUCCAAAGCUGCACGGACAGGACUUCGGGUUUGUGACCUUCUUUCGGACUUCGAUGAAUUUUCUUCAAGAUUUAAGAAUCUGGCUCACCAGUACAAGUCAAUGUUUCCUUCUUUAGAAGUGGACACAGAAGGGCAACUGAAAAAACUAAAGGGGUAUGCUGAAAAAAUAAGACCAAUGGUCCGAGACGGUGUUUAUUUCAUGUACGAAGCGCUGCACGGCUCUCCAAAGAAAAUUCUCGUGGAAGGUGCCAACGCGGCACUGCUUGACAUUGACUUUGGCACGUAUCCUUUUGUGACAUCAUCGAACUGCACUGUGGGAGGUGUGUGCACCGGGCUUGGUAUUCCCCCUCAGUAUAUUGGAGAAGUCUACGGGGUAGUGAAGGCCUACACCACAAGAGUGGGAAUUGGAGCCUUUCCCUCCGAACAGAUAAACGAAAUUGGAGACCUCUUACAGUCUCGAGGCCAUGAAUGGGGAGUGACCACAGGCAGAAAAAGACGCUGUGGCUGGCUAGACCUUGUCAUUUUGAGAUAUGCUCAUAUGAUCAAUGGAUUCACUGCUCUGGCAUUAACAAAACUGGAUAUUCUGGAUGUCCUUGAUGAAAUCAAAAUUGGUGUCGCUUACAAGCUGAGUGGGAAAAGAAUUCCUUAUUUUCCAGCUAACCAGGAAAUCCUACAGAAAGUGGAGGUGGAGUAUGAAACUAUGCCAGGGUGGAAAACAGACACAACCAGCGUGAGAAAAUGGGAGGAACUUCCACCCAAGGCACAGAAUUACAUCCGGUUUGUGGAGAACCAUGUUGGGGUGGCAGUUAAAUGGGUUGGAGUUGGAAAAUCAAGGGAAUCAAUGAUCCAGCUCUUUUAAAAGCAGAACAAACCUCGGCACCAAGAAACACAGUUUAGUGUUCAUCUGUUCCUUUUCGUUCCCGAGCUUGGAUGAAGACGCUGUUAAAAUCAAAAUGUUCUUCCUAGACUAUAAUUAGACAUAUCUUGUACUUCCCAUAUUUUCAGGAAUAUAAAAACAAAACCCAGGAACACAGAAUAAGAACAAGAGAAAUUUAACAGAGGGGAGCCUUAAGGUCAUAUUUGAAAAGUGGCAAACCCAUCUGGAAUUGUUCUCCGAGCUGCUCCCAGUAAUGAAAAUUAUGCCAGAUUGUAGAAGGCUGUAAGGUGGAAGUUCCUGUUCCUGUGUCAGGGAGCAAUGAAAUGGCAGCAGAAGACGUCUACCAGCAUUCAAAAUUAGGCUGGUUGUGGAAUUACAGCAUUUCCUUAAAAGCUAGCAGAAUUGAGUCAUCCUUUUCAAGUCCGGCAAUCAGAGCAAAUGUUACCUUGGAACCUGUACUUUUUAUAAAUGAAAGCUCUUUAAAUAUAAAGGGGGAAGAGUGGCAAAGGAGAUUAUGUCAUGCAAGAGGAAGCUGAAGUCAUUUGUUGGCAGUAGGUCAAACUGGAGAUAGCUGGAUGUCCUCGGGAUGAAGAGCUUCGCUUCAAAUAUUUCUCAAUAGGCACUCCACGUGAAGCUCUUCUGAGGUACUGCUUGCUUGCUCCAUCGUGCAACAGGCAAAAGAGGUCAAAGGAACCACAGCAAAGCUAGAAAAUGCACGGGACGGGAUGCAGCCAGUGCAACAUCUUGCAGUGAAGCGCUAUGCCGACACUUGUGACCCAGUAUUGUGUAGUGGUUCAGAGUGUUGAACUGGGAGUCGGGAGAUCUGGGCCCUAGUCCCCACGCGGCCAUGAAAGCUCACUGGGUGACUUUGGGCCAGUCGCAGACUCUUAGCCCAACCUGCCUCACAGGGUUGUUGUGAUGAUAAAGUGGAGAGGAUGAUUGUGUACUUGGGUUCCUUGGAGGAAAAAAGGCGGGAUAUCAAUGAAAUAAAUAAAUGUGAGCCUAUAAGAAGAGCCAUGCUGAAUCAGAUUAAAGGCCCUACCUAGUACAGCAUUCUGUUUACCAACCAGCUGCCUGUUGGAAAACCUCAAAUAGGCCAUGAAUGCAAUAACAUUCUCUUGCUUACGUUCCACAGUAACUGCUGUACAUAGGCAUACAGCCUCUCAUACUGGAGGUAGCAUAUAUCCCAUCAGGACUAGUAGCUGUUGAUAGCGUCCUCCUUCGGGAAUUUGUCCAAUCCCCCUUGAAAGCCAUUCACAUUGGUGGCAAUCACUACAUCUUGUAGUGAAUUCCAUAAUGGCUUCACUACAUCCUUUACUACAGUCUAGUAGAUCCCCAAUCUGAAACCUUUUGCUACCAGUUCAUAGCACUGGAUUCUCUUCUGCUGUUUGAUAACUCACUGCUUUCUUUGACCUUCAGCGGAACGUAAAGACUAAUGCUACGCUUGCUCCAUUUGCCGUCCAAUUACAAGGAAUCCAAAAUUGUAGCCGCUUGUUCUCUAGUACGCUUUGUGGAAAUCGAUCAAGUUCCAGACUUCUGUGAUCUUCUGGAGUAUGGGGCAACCCUUUUAAAAUACAAGGAAUGUCUGCAAUCCCAACAAAAUAUGCAGUACGUGAAAAGGAACAGUCCUGGUGGUGCUUCUGGAUUGGCAGUGUGUGUGUGUGUGUGUGUGUAUAUAUAUGUGUGUCGUUUUGCGUUGGCAUGAUUUGUAGUUCUUAACCUGGUGAGGAAGAAGGCACAGUCCUGCUCUGUUGCUGCCUGCUUGCUGAGUCUUUUAAAAUGGUGAAUUUUGUCACUGCAACCACACAUGCAUGGGAGACAUGAGAGUGCAUGUUGUGGGCACUGGGGUGUCAAGUCGAAAUGAAGUAUACGUCAAGUAUUGGCCUGGAUGCACUUUAAGGUCACUGCUUCCAGUAGCAAAGGGGGUGCCAACCUGGAAGCGUUAAAGGACCUAUUAUUAACACA